CCGGUUCAGGGCGAUACGUGCAGACGCUCUUUCCGUUGUUGAAUCAUCGCAUGGCCUACUUUUCUUUACGAGUAGUUUCAUCUUUCCUGUUACCUUUUGUGGUAUGAAUAUGAUAUUGAUCAAUGCGGGUUGGCCGAUGCUGACCAGAUGACAACCAUGAAUAAUGAAUCACCAUUUUCUGGCUUGAAGAUUGACAACUAUCACAGGCUAGAUGAGGUGGAAGGACGCACAACAUGUGAAAAAUGUAACAAAUCUCGGAAAUACUUCUGCUACUCUUGUUACUGUCCUGUCUUAGGGCUAGAAGAACUGACUCCCAGAGUUAAGCUGCCAUUAAAAGUUGAUGUGAUUAAACAUCCCUAUGAAAGAGAUGGCAAGAGCACAGCAUGUCAUGCGGCAGUUAUCUCCCCUGAUGUCAGCAUCCAUGUCUUCCCAGUUAUACCAGACUUGGACAAGAACAGAACACUACUUGUGUUUCCUGGUGAGGAUGCCGUCCAGCUGAAAGACUUGGCUGCCUUGUCUCAUCAGACCUCGCUGACAGACCCUGUUACAGACAAACGUGAAACAGAAGAAAGCACCAAAUGUGACAAUACUCACCCUCCAGAUUCCUUGGAUAUAAAAGACAGAUUAUGCUCAAGUGAUAACUUUCAUCCCAGUCAUGCAAAUGGAGCUGAUACCAUAGUUCCUCCUAACAACAGUCCACCGAACAACAGUCCACCAAGGAACCAGUUAUCAUCUGAAGAUGUGGGCAAGGCUACUUGUGAUGGCCUGGAGAAGAAGGCCCAGGCAGCUUCACCUCCACCAUUUGAUCGUGUGGUGUUCAUCGACUCCACAUGGAACCAAACUUACAGAAUCUCACAGGAUGAGAGGUUAAAAGGUUUACAGAAAGUGGAGCUGCAGUCUCGGACGACCAAUUUCUGGCGAAAUCACCAAGGUAACCCCGAGACCUACCUCUCCACAAUAGAGGCCAUUUACUACUUCAUGUGUGACUACCAUGAACUGUUCCUCUCGACAACAUAUGAAGGACAGUAUGACAACCUCCUCUUUUUCUUUGCAUGCCUUCAUGAAAAAGUAAACAGUGCCAAAUGCAGGAAGAAAAUAAAAACUACACCAUGUUAAAUGAA